AUGUCUGUGUCGCUGUGGUGCGAGGAGGUGGAGGAGGACCAGAGUCAGACCCAGGCAGCGGCCCAGAGCCACAUCAGGGGCCCGUCUCAGCUGCGAGCCGCCUGGGACCCCACCGUGUCGGGGCAUCGCGUGAUCCAGAGGCUGCUCCACGUGGAGGAGAGAUACGUGCCCUCCAUGCUCUACAUCACCCUCAUCCAUCAGGACCCAGAGCGGAGGGAGGUGCUCACCAAAUGGGCCCUGGAGGUGUGCUGUGAGUGCGGCUGUGAUGAGGCAGUGUUCCCCCUGUCUGUCUCUCUGAUGGACAGGUUCCUGUCUGCCUCUCUGUCCCUGCCCGUCUCACCUUACUGCCUGGCCGCCGGAUGCAUCCUCAUCGCCUCCAAGCUCUCAGAGUGCGACAACGUCACGGCCGACACGCUCUGCGCUGCUGCUGAAUACAGCUUCCUGCCGUCUGACCUGAGGGAAAUGGAGCGUGUCAUCCUCGCCACCCUGCGGUGGGACACAGCAGCAGUGACUCCUCAGGACUUCCUCCCUCACUUCCUGGCCUUCGUGGAGGAGUGGGGGGACGUAGACAGCGGUGACUCUGAGGAGCUGCUCUGCACCCUGCGGCGACACAGUGACACCCUGGCUGCCAUGUGUGUGUGUGACUCCCGUUUUCUGGGAGCGCCGCCAUCACUUGUUGCUGCAGCAUCACUGAACUCUGCCCUCAGAGGUUUGGGCAACAAGGGCCCCGCUCAGCUGUCUGUUAUGAGUGAAGCGCUGGCGGAGCUGUGCCAAACCGACCUGGCGGUGCUGCAGUGCUACAGCGAGAUGAUCGAGUAUGCCCUCCAACAGCGGCUGAGGAGUGGGCUUCAGCAGGGGCCCAUGGAGAAAGGAGAAGAGGUGGAAAACGAAAGGUCCGGGACUCCCACCGACAUGAGAGAGAUUGAUUUCUAA